UAUCGUCUGCUCGCGAGCUGGGCCGUAGGAGUUAUAACGUGCACAAAACAAGGCCAAAUAGCAUUGAAAUUCAUCGAUUAAAGUCUUGACUGAUAUGCAAUGCUCACCUCGCCCGACCUGUUUGCACAGCCGAUAACCCGGGUGUUGACACAUCGCUUUCACAAUCCCGAACGUUCUCAUAAAUAGACAGCGUGUUUAGCGUGGAGCUAAGAUGGCGAACAUUCAGUUAUAUCACUUUCCGGGAAGCCCGCCAUGCCGUUCUGUCCUCAUGACAGCCAAGGCCCUUGGUGUACCACUCGAGCUGAAACCACUCAGCUCCCUCAACAAAGAUCAUCUUAGCCCCGAGUUUUUAAAGAUAAACCCGGAUCACACUACCCCAACAAUUGUAGAUGGAGACUUCACCCUGUGGGAGAGCCGCGCCAUCAUGCGCUACCUGGUGGGGAAGUUUGGGGGUGAGGACAACAGCCUGUACUCCCGAGACCUUCAGAAGAGGGCAGAGGUGGACCGACUCCUGGACUACGAUCUGGGGGUCUUCUACAGAACCAUGUUGGAGACUCUGAUGCUGCCAUUAAGAAACAAAACUAAGACGACAAAAGAACAAGAUGAGAAGGUCAUCAAGGCCUUCGAGCGGAUUGAUACACAGGUCAAAGAUAAGAAGUUCCUCACCGGAAAUACCCUCACCAUUGCCGACUUUGCGGUGGUAGUUGGGUUUGCAGCUGAAGUCCUCUAUCCAGGGGAUAUGUCCAAGUACCCAAAUGCCAUGGCUUGGUACAAAAGAAUGCAGGCAUUACCAUACUACAAAGAAGUGAAUCAGCCAUUUUUUGAUUUAGUGGAAAACUUGAAGAAGCAAAGAGCUGAAACGUCGUAAGAAAAUAACAUAAAACAUGAAUAUAAGCAAAUCCAUUUAAGUCUACUGCUUGAAACCAAAGAGACCCACAACAAUAAGUCAGUAGGAGAGUUUAAUAUUAUUAUUAUAUAUUUUCUGUAUCUUCCCAUCAGUAUAUAUUUCAGAAACAUUGUGAGAUAUCUGAUAUGCCGUGGAAUAUAUUCAGUUUUACAUUUUCAAGUCGACUAUAAAAUUAUGAAACAAAAGGUAAUGGCAACUGCAUAGACUAAAAGCUUUAUUGUUA